GUAUACUCAAUGUGUAGGGCACAUAGGUGUCUGUGUUUAUGUGUGUGCUAGGAGGAAUAUCAGAGUGAGCUGCAUACAGGUUAUGAGGCUUACACAAUGGGUGACCUCACAGACGCCGACAAGAAGAUAGUAGCGCUCUCAGCCGUGAUAGGCGCUGUAAAGACUGACCCCGGCCCUUUUUUGGACAGGUCCACCCUCUUUUCCGAGAAGGGGCUCUAUCGACAGGCCUUAGAGGACGCCAAGUCCGCGCUGAGGCUCGAACCCAAACACGUUCCGGCCCUAAUAGCUGCGGGAAGGGCGGCGCUAAAACUGAAACGGUUCGAAGAGAGUUACAAAUUUCUGAACGAGGGACUAACGCUAGAUUCGAAGAACGAGAAGAUAGUGGAGAGUCUGCGGUUACUCCAGGACGAGAUCGUAAGUGACUACGACGAGAGAGCGCAGGGGAUACCGGAGAAGACCUACAAGGCGGUGGAGCUGUGCUCGCAGGACGUUUACCCAGGAGAUGACGAACUGUACAAACACGAAGUAGAGAUCUUGCUUAAGAAGUACACAAUCGACAUAGCGGACAUUGUUAAACCAGCCGACGUGCCGCUGUCGAAGCGCAAAGAAGCAGCGUCGUUCGGCGUGAUGGCUUACAAUGCGCGGAGUGACGGGCGACUCGAGGAGGCGCUCCAGUGUUGUCACGUUGCUCUGGGAAAAGAUCCGGGCAACUAUCGUCUGCUGCACAUGCGCGCCAUGGUGUUUGAUGAUUUGGAAGAGCCUGCGCAUGCGCUGAAGAACCUCGUUAUGAUUCCAAAGCCGUUCCGGUUUGUGGAAGCAUGGAAGCUGGGAGGCAAGGCUUGUGUGACAACCCCGUCCUGCAUUCAGUCAUAUGUUGCAGGAAAGCUCCUACAGAAAUUGAAGCUCCCGGUAAUGUCGGAAUUCUGGCUGCGGAAGGCCACGGAAAUGGUGCCGGAAGCGGAUCGGAGGAAGGACCUCGAGGCGGCGAUGCUUUUCCAACAGGUGCGCGUGGACCGGAUAUACGGACCCCUCACAUACGAAUUUCCGGUCAAGGUGAAAUUCACGGACUACGGUCGGGCUGUAGUGGCCACCGAGUCGCUAAAACCAGAGGAGAACGCGUUUGACGACACACCAGUAGUCAUCGGUCAGUUGAUAAGCUGCAUCCAACAGCCGGCGUGCGGUCAUUGCGGAAACUCCAUGGUCACGGUGCAGCAGUUUUUCGGCCCCACGUUUGACUCACUUCCGGAAGAUUUGCAGACGUUCGCGAUCGGGCACUGGCCGGAUGUGAGGGGAGUCACGUGCAGCGGAUGUCAGAGGGAGCGCUACUGCAGCGAGAACUGCCGCCACGAGGCCUGGUACCGAUACCACCGCGUCAUGUGCCCUUUCGUGAACCCCGCGGCCGGCGACCUGUACGAGUUGAUAGAGAACAGGGGCCAGGGGCGGGACGAGAAGGGUAAGUGGAGCGACCUGUGGGUGUGUCAGUACAGCCCCAUCGUGCUGGCCAAGAUCUGGGCGAUGAUCGCGUCCGAGGCGAAACGGCUCAUGGAGGAGAGGGGCAUCACGGAGCCGGAUACGGAGAUCUGGGCGCGGGCAAAGAUGCCCUUCCGAAAAUUUAUUUCUUACGGUUCCAUGUCGGCGGCACAGAAGAUGCCGGAAAUCUUCAAGUUGAUGCAGCGGAUAUUCGAGGCGUGCGACGGGACCCUCAGCUACAAAAUCAGUGAGGCGGAGUUUGAGGCGCGCUAUUACCAGGCCACGUGCAAUCUGCAGGCGUUCGCCGCUUCCGUCACGCCCAAGACCGCCUUCAUGGACAACCUGGUGAAGACCGGGGACAUCCGGGCACUGCGCUUGCUGCGGUUCCUGGAGGAGAACGAUCGGUCGGCCGGAGUCUCUUUCGCUGGCAUGUUCCCGCUGCACGCCUGCCUCAACCACGCGUGUGACAACAACGUCUAUGUCAUGGACGGCUUUGUCAACGGCAAACCGGCGGUGCACGUGCGCGUACGACGUCACAUCCGACCGGGAGACGAGCUCUUCACAACGUACAUCGACACCGCCAUGCCCCGGAAGUUGCGUCGUGCGUGGCUCUGCAAGUCUUUCAACUUCUGGUGCAACUGCAGACGAUGUCAGUUCGAGGGCGACGAUAGCAGCACGUGCACCGAGUGCAAGAAGGCUGCUAGCGGCGACCGGAAUUUUCCCGGAUGCAGCCGCUGCCGGAAGGCGUGGUACUGCUCAACGGCGUGCCAGAAAAAGGCCUGGGCGCGCGGACACCGGGACAUUUGCAGCCUGGAGCACACCGCCGUGCAGAUGGGCGUCUCAGCCACCGGAAGUUAGACCACAUCCGGGACUUCACUUUCAACCAUCAUGGUUCACAGCAUAUCUGCAUUUUCAAGUAACCAAUGCAUUUAAUGAAAAUAUCAUAGCGACACUUCCGAGUUCAAUCACUGGAACGCAAAAUGAAAACGAGUCCGUUUUGCUGGCGCCGAAUUCUCAAACUUAGUUCAGCCUGAUUUUUGAAUAAAUGACCCAAGUCACUCAUCUCAUUGAUACAUAUUAGUUCUUUAAAGUUGAUGAUAUUGUAAAAAAAUACGUGUUAUUUAUUAUUUUCAAUAAAGGAUGUACUAUUUAUAAAAAGAGUUUUGAAGUCUGUUUUAAACGUACAAUUAAUGAGCUAAAGCCAUUCCCAGUAAGUAGGCUUCAUCAAUUUACGAGAAAUCAGGGAUAUCGUGCGUCUAUUGCACAACUCAUGUCUAAAAUGAUGAUACAAAGAAAGGACCUUUAAGAAUUCAGUAAAAUUAAUACUUGAUGUACAAGUUAUUAUUGUUGUUUGAAAUCGAGGUCUCGUUGACUUAUCAAGAAUUCUCUUGUAAUGAAAAUAUAAUAACAUGGCUUUGGGUGUCGAAUACUUAGCAAACCCCGCCAUAGGCUGGUCGUACGGCUAGCCACUGCCUUUCUAUAAUGGGACCGCUGUUUGUAUUAUACGUAUCUGUACAUUACACAAUUAUUUAUUUGCAAUUUUAUACAAGACAUGGUGGUAUUAAAAGAGCUAUUCGUGACUUGAGUAUCAUUUUUCUGUUUGAAUCAUGUGCACAAGAUGACAAAAUGAGUCUAUUAUUGUAUAUAAAUACGUGUGGUGCUUUCCUGAAAAUCCAAUGACCUUAAACACUGGACUCGUGCCUGGCCUGUACUCACGGUGUUUCAAUUUUCGCUGGUUAGUCUCCAUUAAGGUGGAUAAAAAGACACAAUUCUAUGUAGUUGUAUGCACUUACUUUUGUUGGAAACCAGACAAUCACCAACGGCUAAGUUAAUACGGGGGUAUUUGUGUUCAACAAGAAAGCACUGUUAUUUUUUACGAUAGGAGACUACAGCGGGAAACUGGCGCGAAAACGGAUUACAAUCAAAUAAAAGAAGUCAGAAAAAAACGUUAAAAACAAUGAUCUUUGAUUUGAGCAUGGCGCCGUCCUGACCGGAGUGUCAGCCACCGAAUGUUAGACCUCACGAAUUUGAAUAUCUUCAACUGUUUGAAGAAAAAUGGCACAAAGCUGGUUGUUGUCACAUGUAACAGUCAAUCAAAAUAUUUCCAUGAAUAUGUAAAAACGUUAGGUUUAGCAAUCACCUGCACAAUUUUGCAUGAUAAAUAAGAAAUAUUAAAGAUGAUCUCAAAGUUGUUAAAAGCAGCACUUUGUAAUUUCCUCCGUAUUUAUGAUCAUGUACAUAUAAUGGCAAAUAAAACAAUUGAAUGUACGCUAAGUCAUUUUCCUCUCAAUUGUUCUAUAAAGGAAUAAAUAAUUAA